AUGCCUGAUACAACCCACUUGAGGCCUCCCUUCUUCAGUCCUCAUUGUGUCUCACCUACGGAUUUGCAGUUUCAGGUUAUUUUACCCUCACUGACGGUGACAGCACUGCCCCCCGAGUUAAAGAUACGCAUAUCCAAGUACCUUAGCAUUGUCGACUUGGUCAAUGUUUGCACUGCGCUGCCCAACUGGGGCUGGCUUCUCUUCCUACAAACACCACAUUCGUACAGCUCGAAGUGGAGGUGGAUCGACAAACGUGUCUGUACAGCACUGUUCUCCGAGUCGCCCACUCCAUCCCCCACCAAAUUUGACGAAGCCAUUGAGCGACACUUCUAUCAAAUGCAAUUUGACCUCCAGUUUCCACGAAUCCGAGUCCUUGCUAACGCAUACAUAAACGUCAACUGCUUUUUGUACGUAGCCUACCUGACAUACCAAUCGGACGAUUUUACCUACUUUGGUGUCGCACCGUUUCCCUAUGAAUAUGGCAGUGACAUUUUUGAAUUAGUUAACUUUUAUUUCUUCAAAUUUCCACUUGGUCAGACACAGUGUGUCAUACCUAUUUGGGUUCAAUUCAAUUUGCCUGAUCGUCGAUUAAGUAGUGCAGAAAUGCAAAAUCAGCAUGAGGAAAUCACUGAGCUUCAAAGAGCAGAGCUUUGUCCAUUUGACUGCAUUCUCUACACACAGAGGCUUUCAGUGCUUUUGCAACGUCAAGACAAUGCUAGAAGGGAGUUGGGAGCCUUACUGCGCCUCUUGACGCCUCAACAUACACUUGCAAUUGCGAUUGUGGACGAUGUGGAGGGGAGGGAGAGAAGCGGCAUGGAUCUCUUCGUGGAGUACGCAAAGAAACUCGGCUUCGGCACCGAGGCGCCUCUGACUACUGCACCGAUGAAUUGGCGAAUUUGGCAUGUAAUAAAUGGUUAUGUCGAUCAUACGGGCAGCAGAGAAAUACUCGAGUGGCUGUGCCAGGAUGUGAUUUGGAGGAGAAUGCAAGAAACUGUUGUCCGAGGAGUCCAACGACCUAGCGAUGUGCUGCAAUGUGUGAGGCGGUUUGUCGAAUGA